GAGUGUUCAUCACGUGGUGGUCUGUAAACAACGGGUUGCGCGAGCAUCCUGGCACAUUUAGUCUGUCACGCUGAAAAUGGCACGAAGCAGUUUUGUUGGGUUUGUCUUGCUCGUGUUGGCGAGGACAUGCUACUGCAUCCCCCCACACGACGAAGUGGCCCGUGUGGCAAGAUUUAUCGUUCAUAAUAGUGACUGGGCAUCCAUGGCAACUAUUGCUUCCCGCGAUCCUAUAAUAGGGACCCCGUUCGCUAACGUUUUUUCUGUUAGUGACGGACCUCUUGACAACUCAACUGGGGAACUUUAUAUGUACCUGACAACGCUGGAGAUCUCUGUGCAAGACCUGCAGAAAAUGAACUUACGACGGACAUAUACAUUAUCAUCUGUAGUGAUCCUAUUUCAUAUCACAGGAACUUAUGCUGAAGUGACAGGACUAACAGAUCCCAAACUUUGCUACAUUCUGGAUGGGGUGCUUUUGCUCUAUGGAAUUAUCAUUACUGCAUUGUUAAUCAAAAUGAAGCUAAGCAAGACGAAGGAGGAUCCUGCUAAAGAUGGCUUGUAUGCAGAUUUGGACAGAAACAGAGUGGAAGUGUAUGAUGAACCUGGCCGUCCACGUAAUCGUGAUCUGGAGGCAGGUGGUGGGAAGAAACAGAGAGGCAAAAGUGGUGACACGCUGUACACGUCUUUGAAAAAGGACCGUCCUGUUGAUGCCUACAGUGAGAUUGGACUACAGAAACAAAAUCAGGAGCAGAGACGCAGAGGAAAAGGUGGAACGGAUCAAGUGUACCAGGGACUGAGUGCAGCAACCAAGGAUACAUAUGACGCCUUGCAGAUGCAGCCAUUGCCACCACGCUAAGAGUGGCUCACCGAGGACAGCAGCUGAUGGAGGCUGAUGUGAUAAACACAAUGCUUGGCUGAAUGAUAUUCUGGGGUAACUUAGAAACGUUUCUUUAACACACAUCUUAGAGGAACUGGUUAAACGGAAAUUUGUCUACUUUUACCUAAAAUAAAUAUUUUCAGUUAUUUCUACCUUAAGAUGUACAGUCCCUCUUGUAACUCUCCUUUUCCAAUUGUCUUUAAAAGAUACGCCUUUCUUUAUAGCGGCUUCUGAAUAUGAAAAAAAUGUUGUCGGAGAGUCUGGAAUAUUUGUAUUUUUCUUGAAUAAAUUCAUUAAACCACAAAGUUAAACAACCAGAUUAGAAAAUUAGUAUUUGUAUAAUUGAAAAUAAAAAUAUAUUUUAAAAAGUGGUUUUAUAUGCAUAGUAGAAUAAAUUGAUCCAUUUGUGUGCACAUUUUAGAUAUAUUUACAAAUUUAUUGCUAAGUAGAUUAUGGGGCCUUAGCCUUACUUUAAAUUUAUGGUAUAUACUAAAUGAAUAUGAAUAAGUAUGUACAUGCACAUGAUAUCUAUACAGAGGUACAAUAUUGACAAUUAUACUGUAUACACACAGUUAUGUUUUUAUACAUACAUAAAAUACAUUUCUAUACGAGUGAAGACCCCCAUCCCUCUCCGUUUCUCGUCUUCACAUGAAGCAGCUCGCCAUGCACUCUGAACCACAAAGUCAGGAAGCAGCAGCCUACCCGGCUAAGCUAAGGGCACUCAGAUGAGCAAGCAGACUUCAGACUCCGUUGCAUUACGCAAACAGACUGGUUGACAAUUAAGUCCGAACAACUGGAAAAACAAUACACACCUUAAAUAUUCUAGACGUGUUUUUUGUCCCUUAAGUAUUGAACAUGACAGGUUUGUAUUUGAUGUUUCAUUGAAGACUUUUUUGAUCUGCAGCCUUUACACUUUAUACUGUAAUAAAUUACUCCCAGUAGAUACUCACAAAUAGCAAAUUAGAAAAGAAAUGAAACCAUUUUAGGCUAAUGGAAAGUAGGAGGAAAGUAAGUGCAUACACCAUAAAACUGAUUUCCUCUGUCAUUACUGCACUCAUUUCAUUAUAGCCCCUCACUACGUUGCCCUGUACGUUAACAGAUCCUUAUUUAGUGGCAUUGAAGGUGACUAAAAUAAAAGAUGACAAUUCUUUCCAUAUUUUUGCACUUUUUUUGUUUACAUUUUCUCGGGCCUAAUUUUAGCAUGAGCCCCUUGUUUAAAUAACAGGGUAUGAUGCACAUUAUUGAAAUGUGGUGACCUGCAGUCACCUUACCGUGUCUUUAUAUAUGUAGAGAAAAGUUAAGCAAAAUGGCACCUUUUAUUGGCUAACUAAAAAGAUGACAAUAUGCAAGCUUUCGAGGCAACUCAGGCCUCUUCAUAUAUAUAUAUAUAUAUAUAUAUAUAAAAUUGAUCAACCUCACAAUGCGUUUUAAUCACGUGCUUCCCCAUAGAUCUAGCAUGGUUUACGGAUACAUUGAUAGGGCCACAAAUGGGCUGAAGCAGAGUCGAGUGUGCAGAGUUCGAGAAACUCCUCAUUCAUUCCUUACGCCAGACUCAUUACUUUUGCCCAUGAAAAGCAGCCGUCUACACAUGUCAAUCAUUACACAGUGUAACAAUGGAAAUUAAAAUAAU